GGGCUUUCUUGGAUUCUUAUUCUCUUCACGUUCAAAUCUCCCAUUCUCAAUUAUUCCACAACCAACUUUCCAGUUUCUUAAGGCUCUCUUCUUACCCUCUUGCUUUUGUUCUUGCUCUGGUCGUUGUACGAAGAUAUGCAUGAUUGGGCAGCACCGUUGAUAGCUUCGGCUCUAUUCGCGUUUCUAUCGCCGGGGCUGAUACUGCAGUUUCCUGGGAAAGAAUCUCCUGUGGGUUUCAUGAACAUGAAGACAACGGUAGCUUCUAUUUUCGUCCACACCGUUCUCUACGGUCUCUUUCUCAUCCUCUUUCUAGUCGUUCUCAACGUCCAUGUCUACGCUUAGCUUUAGCUCAAAAUAUUACACUCGUGGGCUACCCUUUGUUUGUGCUAUAUGGGCUGGGGUUUAGUAGUAAAGCUUUGUUUUAUGUCUUGACUUGCUUCUUUCUUUGUUCGUCUUAUUCAUAACUGCUCUAUAAGAUUUUAAAGUUAUAACCAAGUGUUAUUCACCAUAUGUAGCCACCAUAUAUUCGUGAGAAUAUUACCUGCAAACUGAGCUUAAGCCGGGGAAACAUAGCUUAAAGAAUAACACAGUCAAAUGAUCCAUAUGGUAGAAUAAACAUGGAUGUGAUAUAAAUAUUCAUAA